AGUAGUAUAUAUCUCAUUCGAUGAGAAUAGAAAAAAAAUUUAAAUGUUCAUCGUAGACUGUGGUGGUCGUUUGGAGAAUUUGUGCUACGCGAAGUUCCGGCAAUUGGCACAUCAUUUAACGAUGGAACAUCUAUUCGAGAAGAUUCCUCAUUUGACACUUCAGGAACUCUUCCUAAAUCUGUUGCUGUUAAGGCGACCCGCCUCUGAUGUUGGGCAAAAAUCAGAUUUAAUUAGGCAAAUAAUUAGUCGAAAUUCAAAGUUACCCUUCCCAUCGGUCUCUACGCGAAAAACAUGGCCCAACAACGGAAAGCCUACAGCCCCUUUUAGUAGACUGAAAUCAAAAAUCGUUGUCAUUACGUGAAGAUCAUGAAAUUGACUAUGUCCUGAACAUCAACUG